AACUAAAUACCAGGUAUGGAAAUACGCCAUCUUUGGAUAUAGAUUUCGUAGUUUUGACGGUGAUGUGAUUUUUUCAUUUCAGUCAUAUAAAGAAAUGAAAUCAAAAAAAUGGUGGGAAAAUGUUUAUUUUGUGUAUUAAAAUGAAUAUGAAGUAAAAAAAUAAUGUAAAUUGGCGGUAUUAUUAAUAAAUUGAGUCCUUAAAAUUUUUUUUCUAUAUCCAAAGAUGGCGUAUUUCCAUACCUGGUAUUUAGUUCCUUACCUACAGCUGUUUUAUACCUUCGAUCAGCUGCUCCUGUGCGUAGGUCGUAGGAUCACGAAAGAUUGAUCUAGCGUAGAUCAAAGAUCAACAGAAUGAGCAUCUGUAAAAUGGCAUUGAGCAAAUUGCAUUUCAAUGUAAUGGAGUUUAUGAUUCUGAACAUAAUGAUAUUUUUAUGGAUAUUUAAUCAAAGCCUCUUAAUAAACCGAUUUAUGCCCAUGAACAAGCGAGUAGCCAACUUUGUAGGAAGGCAUCCCAUCGUUCCAAGAUAGUCUGAAGAAACUUUACCAUCAUUGAUCAAAAUGGCAGCAUCUAAGCAGCAAAAAUCGACCACGGUGGAACCUCUCCUCGUAUAUUGUCGCCUAAAACCGAGCAGUUCAUCGACAGAAACACGCUGCAUCAAAAUCACUUCCGAUUGCGUCGUUCAAUUAACCGUUUCAGAAAACUUUCGCAGAGAAUACACCUUCAAACGGAUCUUCUCAGAAACGAGCACUCAAAAAGAGGUAUUCGAUGAAGUAGCUUUACCUCUAGUCAAUGAAUUGGUCAAAGGCAAAAAUGGCCUUUUGUUUACCUACGGUGUGACCGGAAGUGGAAAAACCUACACGAUGACUGGAAACAAACACAGAGCUGGACUGAUGCAGAGAUGCUUCGAUGUGUUAUUCAAUUCUAUUCAAGAUUUUCAAGCUAAAAGAUUCGUAUUUAAACCUGAUAAAGUGAAUGGAUUUGAAGUACAGGGUGAACAGCAAGCUGAACUUGAAAGAGAAGAAUGGAAUAAGAAAAAUUUGAAUAAGCUCAGGAAGAGAGAAUCUCAAGAGGAUUUACUGUCAGCUCGAAGUAAAGAUAGUACCAAAAUUCAAAUCCCCGAAGAAAGUCACGCGUAUGCAGUAUUCAUCUCUUAUAUCGAAGUGUAUAAUAAUUACGUUUACGAUUUACUCGAUCACCUUUCCGAUGUCAAUAUCUACUCGAGACCUCAACCAAAACUGGUUCGAGAAGACAGCUCUGGAAACAUGUAUAUUCAUGGGAUCACUGAAACCGAGGUUAAAAGCGUAGAAGAAGCUUAUGAUAUUCUUCGCAAAGGUCAAAGACGCAAGAGAAUGGCUCAUACUGCACUAAAUGCGGAUUCUAGCCGGAGUCACUCAGUUUUUACAAUACGUUUGGUGCAGGCUCCAUUAGACACAACUGGAGAGACCGUCUCACAAGAUCCCGAUAAACUCUGCAUCAGUCAAUUAUCACUUGUUGAUUUGGCCGGCAGUGAACGAACCAAUCGCACUAAGAAUAUCGGACAACGAUUAUGCGAAGCUGGUAAAAUAAAUCAGUCAUUAAUGGCUCUUCGAAAAUGCAUAGAAUCGUUGCGAGAAAACCAGCUCAGCGGUUCGAAUCGCAUGGUGCCUUAUAGAGAACAAAAAAUCACCAUGUUGUUUAAGAAUUUCUUCGAAGGUGAUGGAAAUAUUAGAAUGAUUCUGUGUGUAAAUCCAAGUAUUUACGAUGCUGAAGAAAAUGCAUUGGUGUUGCAAUUUGCUGAAGUAUCGCAAGAUGUAACAACAAAAUCGACACGUUUAAAGGUAGAUUUUGAUCCAGUUUUGAUAUCGUUCAAAAAAUCAGCUGAGAAUGAAUUGGAGAAAUCACCUAGCACAACCGAUGAAAUGAUGAAAGAAUACACAGAUUCUGAAUCAGUUCUGCCUCUAAGUAAUUCGAUCGAUUUUCAAAUGGUGUAUGAUCUUGGUGAAUUUCCGGCCAGAGAACAUUAUUCGAGUGAAGAAGAUUUUCGACGAAAACUCAUCUUAUAUUUGGAAGAAAGAAUUUUGAAAAUUGAUGCUUUCAAAGCUGAAGUAGCGAAAAGAAUUUCAAAAUUUAGAAAUUUGUUAGUGCAAUAUAACGAGGAACACAUCGUCAACCUGAUCAGCAAAAAAGAUGCACUCGGCGUCAAAUCAGAAAACGAAAAACCCAAAGUGAAAAUCAACAGGACGACAGCUCUGAGACGUCAUGAUGUUAACAAAGCGAGAAAAGUCACACGUAAGAUAAUUCCUAAGGGUAGAGAAAUUUCCAUUGGGAAAAAAAUAAGUUGAAAAUGUACUACAAAAAACAAAUACAAAUACAUUUUUAUUCUUGGUA